GAGACGUGGCUCGGGGCCGCCAUCUUGGCAAGAAGGGAAGCGGUGGCGGCUCCUGUCAGGGGAGCGGCAGGUCCUGAGUGGCCCGUCCUCCCCGCCUGAAUCCCCUAACCUUCGCCCCAGUGAAGUCGGAGCGCGGGCUCGCCGCACCACCGCUCUCAUCAUGGCCAGGUCCUUUCUUGCCUGUGCACCAGCCCUGUCUCAUCCUGUGAACCUUGGGCCCUGCUAUGCUUUUUCUACCAAGAAUUUCAGAUAAGUGAGGACUCUGGGUGCUGUUGGCAGCAGCCGUCUGCACAAAAGCAGGAAAGGCAAUAGUCUCUCGACAGUUUGUAGAAAUGACCCGAACUCGAAUUGAGGGGUUGCUAGCAGCUUUCCCUAAGCUUAUGAACACUGGAAAGCAGCACACAUUUGUUGAGACGGAGAGUGUAAGAUACGUCUAUCAACCCAUGGAGAAGCUAUACAUGGUUCUGAUCACCACCAAAAAUAGUAACAUCCUGGAGGAUCUGGAGACCCUACGGCUCUUUUCUAGAGUGAUCCCCGAGUAUUGCCGAGCCUUAGAAGAAAAUGAGAUAUCUGAGCACUGCUUUGACCUGAUUUUUGCCUUUGAUGAGAUUGUUGCCCUGGGUUACCGAGAGAAUGUCAAUCUGGCACAGAUCCGGACUUUCACAGAAAUGGACUCUCACGAGGAGAAGGUGUUCCGAGCAGUUCGAGAGACUCAGGAGCGUGAAGCCAAGGCUGAAAUGAGGCGUAAAGCAAAGGAAUUACAACAGGCCCGAAGAGAUGCUGAGAGACAAGGCAAAAAAGCACCAGGCUUUGGAGGAUUUGGAAGCUCAGCAGUUUCUGGUGGCAGCACAACUGCCAUGAUCACAGAGACUAUCAUUGAAACAGAAAAAACAAAAGUGGCACCUGCACCAGCCAGGCCUUCAGGUCCAAGCAAGGCUUUGAAACUUGGAGCCAAAGGGAAAGAAGUAGACAAUUUUGUGGACAAACUGAAAUCUGAAGGCGAAACCAUUAUGUCCUCCAAUUCAGGCAAGCGUACAUCUGAAGCAGCCAAAGUUCUCACUCCACCUGUUAACAUGGAAAGUGUGCAUAUGAAGAUUGAAGAAAAAAUUGCAUUGACCUGUGGACGAGAUGGAGGCUUACAGAACAUGGAGUUACAUGGCAUGAUCAUGCUAAGAAUCUCAGAUGACAAAUUUGGUCGUAUUCGUCUACACGUGGAAAAUGAUGACAAGAAGGGAGUACAACUACAAACCCACCCAAAUGUGGACAAGAAACUGUUUACUGCAGAGUCUCUAAUUGGCUUGAAGAACCCCGAGAAGUCAUUCCCAGUCAACAGUGAUGUUGGAGUUCUAAAGUGGAGGCUACAGACCACAGAGGAAUCUUUCAUUCCAUUGACAAUUAACUGCUGGCCCUCUGAGAGUGGAAACGGCUGUGAUGUCAACAUAGAGUAUGAGCUACAAGAAGAGAACUUGGAACUGAAUGAUGUAAUCAUCACCAUCCCACUCCCGUCUGGAGUUGGUGCCCCUGUAAUUGGUGAAAUUGAUGGUGAAUAUCGCCAUGACAGUCGACGAAACACCUUGGAGUGGUGCCUGCCAGUGAUUGAUGCCAAAAAUAAGAGUGGCAGCCUAGAAUUUAGCAUUGCUGGGCAGCCUAAUGACUUCUUUCCUGUGCAAGUCUCCUUCAUCUCCAAAAAGAACUAUUGCAACAUACAGGUUACCAAAGUGACCCAAGUAGACGGGAAUAGUCCUGUAAGGUUUUCCACGGAGACCACCUUCCUUGUGGAUAAAUAUGAAAUCCUGUAAAACCAAGAGAAGGGAACGGAAAAGGAAGAUUUUUAAAUAAAAGAAGAAACCCACAAUGGCUAAAGAGUUUUUUCCAAAUCUGCAAGCCACUGGAAAUCUUUUUUUCUGAUAAGACGCACAAUUCUAAAUGCGCAAGGACCCUCAACUCAUCCCCAGUUCCAGGGUCUCAGAGACAUUCUAUGGCAAAGAAUUGACAAAAGCUUAAGGGGGGAAAAGGCUGCUGACUUCUUUGGCAGAUCUCUCUGGCCAGCAGGAAAGCAGGCUCCCCAGAGAAUACCACCCCUGGUUAAAUAUCUUCCAUGCCCCACCUCUCAUUUCAUUCCCUAAUGCAGUUGCACCUCAUACUUUCUUUGUUUUAAAGGUUUUCUCUGCAUAUAGAGAUUUUACUUUUUUUUAAUCCCUUCUACUCCCAGCCUUCUUUUUGGUCACUUCAGUCAGGCACUAGGAUCUUUUUGUACAUAAGCACUGCAUUUAUUUGUCACUCCUUGAAACAAACUGAUCUGACCGGUCUUUAAUUGGAAGUGAAGGUUUUGAUUUUUAUAAUGGGGUUCUGGAGUGAAAACACAAAGAAUGUCUUCUAUCCCUGUUCCUUUUUCCUUCACCCUCCCUACCACACCUCCCCCUACUUCUACCCAGCACACACCCAAGAUGUCCUUCAUUCAGAAUAUUGCUGAGAAUUGAAUUUGAAGUCAAGAACAGGUGGUAGCUGCCUUCUUUUGGGGACUAAGUGGCAGCUGUCUGGUAGUCUCACAAUCUUCACUUGGGAAAGAAUAGGAAACCUGUUAGAAUGAUGCUGCUCCUGGGGCCCCAAAUUAGAGCUUAUCCAUCCAUAGAUAUAAUCAUGUCUGUUGCCAAGGUUCCCUUGCAGUUAUUCCAUUCGAGGCCCUCUGGCUUAAAGAUUUAAGUUUCAUACUUUUAGAAUCUUUGUGAUCCAUUUAAAAUCCUGUAACCACCACCUUCCUCCUGGCCAUUCUGAAUGUUGUGUCUGUCCUCAGAAUCCUAGACAGGAACAGAACAGUGGUUUUUGAAACUGAAUUCAUUGGAUCUCAACUAUCUCGUUGACCUGUAACAUUAAAGGGAUUUUCCCUUGCUACCAAGUUUUAGGUCCUUAAUAAGCAGAUGGAAAUUUCUCAUGGUAUGUCCUGGAAUGGGUCCAUUUUUCUGCUUUGUGACACCUUCCAUCUAGAUAAAACAUUUAUUGAAAAGCCCACUUUUCCUCUUCCUUCUUUUAAUCCUUUUCUUCCCAGUAGCAUCAGGUGCUGGUUUGUUUUCCAUGUCAGCUUAUCUACAAUAAGAGAAAAACUCAGAGAAAAAUCAGUAAGAAAAAAAACCAGCCGAGCCUGGAUUUGUGUCCACUGAACUCAAUAAGGGUUGCUUCAGUAAAUGCAUCCCUGUGCUGCUGCAGCCACUGGCAGAGGGGACAAGCAAACAACUCAUGGAUAAAAAUACUCAUGCACCUUUAGCCAAUGAAAGAACCCUGCUCUCUCCCUUGUAGAGAGUGUGCUUGAAGCAGUCUAUACUUUUAUAAAGGGCCUUGGGAUUGUCUUCCAAGGAACAUCCUGCCUUCCCCCUCCCCUUUUUUUCCUUUUUUUUCCCCUCUUAACUGCAUCAGGGAGGAAUCAUCAUCUCCAACUUGGUUUCCAUGUGAGGGUUUUUGAGGGAGGGGGCCAGGGAUAAGAAAUUUGUCAUGUAGUUAAGUAGGUGAGAAAUAUUAUUAAUCCAAUUUUGUUCAAGAGUUGCUUGUCCGUAUGAUUUUUAAAAAACAGUCAAGUUUAGUUUCACAGGAACUUUUUUUUUUAAUUACUUUUGGGGUAAUAUUUAAAAUGAAAGAAGUUUUGUAACCCUGUAAAAUAAUUACAUAGGGAAUAUAACAUUCCAGUGUACACAAAGAAUACAAAUUCUUUAAUCAAAUAAAGAGUAUUAUAAAAUCA